AUGCCCAUCAUAACAGCCUCCCUUGGUCGCGCACACGACAGGCCGCUGCACGCGCUGCGCACGGCGGCAUUCACGAGCCGCGACAGCUUCGCGCCGAGCAGCCUCAUGGCAACGCCCGAGGUGUGGGACGUGAGCGAGAUUGACGUCGGGCAGGUCUUCCUCCGCGCGGUCUCGUACCGGCUGCCCGUGCGCGUGGGCCCCAACGACAAGAUCCUCGGGAGCAUCAUGCACCCCGCCGUGCGUGACUGGCAGCCAGCGCCCGAGCUUCCCACGCCAGAGAGGAGGACGGCGAAGCAGAUCGUCGUCGGCAUCCUCGCGAACGUCUGA